AAAAUAAAUACAUCAUCUUUGACAUCGUUUAAUUUAUAGCUAUUUGGAGAGGAAGAGACGGAAUUCAUGAUUUUGCAACUUUCGUUUCUGCUGAUAUACGUAGUUUAUGUGAUGUUGCAUUUGUUCCUAUAUUGUUACAUGGGAGAAAAACUAACUUCCGAGGUACCUUUUAUGAAAAAUAAAUUAAUUAAUAGUUCAGAAAUUGCUAACACGGCGUACAAUGCCGAAUGGUACAAUUUACCACCCAAGAAUGCAAGAUGGAUUGUAAGUGUUAUGUGUCGUGCCAGGUCGUCGCCCUUACAAAUUACAGUAGUAGGCCGAUUUUGUUCCUUUUCUUUUGCGCUUUACUUUCAGAAUAGAGAAAUGAGUAAUUGCGCGUACGAAUCGAAUUGGUACAACGUCUCACCUUAUGAAACCAAAUGUCUUCUAUUCAUCAUGUACAGGUCCACUCAUCCACUUUGUUUGACUGCAAGUAAAUUUGCUAUCUUCUCUAUGGAACUGUUCAGUACGAUUCUAAAAACAGCGAUGGAAUACCUUUCGGUGUUACUAACAGUUGCAAAUAACGAUUAGACUUGUUCAUUCGAAGUCAAGUUGCAGACUCAUCUUUAGAAUACGUUCCCUGAUCUGUACGAUUGUUCAUCUAUAAUUAUUUCAGCGAAGUGUUAACACAGUUACGACAUAUCACGAUACCGUAUGUAAAACUUGAGCGUAUUAAACGUUACAACGCAAGACUAACCGAGAAAGUGAAUAUUCUCUACAUCACAAAAAGAAAAUCCGCGAUAUAAGUAAAAGUUUCGAGCUUCGAGUUCAGCUCGAUUCGUGGUAAAGUUUCUUUUGCUGGCUGAAAGAUAAGAUAAUUAUCGAAGACAAAGUUUCACAGAGAAGACAGACUAUGGAAAAUAAAAUUUCUAUAUUUCGGUUCGUCGGUCCUCGAUCUUGUCGGCUAACCGAAAGAGUUCGAAAUUGCAUGGUUUGUUUUGCUUCGCAAACUUCUAGAUUGCGCCCAUUAAAAGUUCCAAGAGAAAGGUUGCAACCUCACGAUUGUGAAUGCAUAAUGAGCGACACGAAGGCCCUGCGCGUAAUCUGCAGGAUCAGUUAUCGAAAUAUCCCUGCUGAGGAAACAGAUAGAACAGAGACGUCGCGU